AAAGCGAACUGGUCGGCUAUCUGGCUGCAUCUGCCGAUGGUUCUGCCGAAGCCACGUCAUAUUUGUGCCUUGAGCUACUCGAGCCCGCGAGGUUCUUCUUUCGUAUUCCCCGUGGAAUUGACGCGCAUUCCAGCACAGUUAUGAAUAUCAUUCGCCUGCUGGGUGAUCUCUCGCAUCUGCUGGCAGUUAUCUUGCUGCUCCUCAAGAUAUGGAAGACGAGGAGUUGUGCCGGUAUCAGCGGAAAGUCUCAAAUUUUGUUUGCGAUAGUAUACACGACACGGUAUCUCGACCUGCUGACAACUUAUAUAUCGGCGUAUAAUACUUUUAUGAAGAUUAUUUUCAUUUCCGCUUCUUAUGCUACAAUUUACCUUAUGUAUAGUAAAUUCAAGGCAACUUAUGACCAUAAUCACGAUACAUUUAGGAUUGAAUUUUUGGUUAUACCAGCAGUCAUCUUAGCACUGGUGAUCAAUCAUGAGUUCACCGUGUUGGAAGUCUUAUGGACGUUUAGCAUUUACUUGGAGUCGGUGGCAAUUCUACCUCAGCUCUUCCUAGUAUCCAAAACGGGCGAAGCGGAAAGCAUUACGAGCCACUACUUAUUCGCAUUGGGUUCUUAUCGAGGGCUGUAUCUGCUAAACUGGAUAUACCGUUACUAUGCCGAAAAUCAUUACGACCUGAUAGCUAUUGUUGCUGGAUUGGUGCAGACGGUCCUCUACUGCGAUUUCUUUUACCUUUAUAUUACCAAAGUGCUCAAGGGGAAGAAGCUCUUGUUACCGGCUUAAGUAGCACACAAAGAAUGCUUUGCAGCAAUUGUCAAAUACCGUCUACUGUCAACUGUGACAACGGUAAAACAAGAACCAUUCACCGAGUCUUGAACGCGAGCUCGAGGUGUAUUAAGGAUCAUCGAGUGUGUCUAGCCAGAUACAAGCUAAGUCUGACUCUUCGAUGACCUCGAUUUCUGACCUAUUCUCCUUCCCUGUAUGUCAUUUCUUCAGUUUCCAUUUCUCAUCCCGUUUCGUGCAUUCUUAAAUUCUCCCUCAUCGCGUUGUACAUAACGAUACAUUGAGGAAAGCAUCAGAAGCGAAUCGUCCACUAGAACAUUUUGAAGUGAGGGUGUCGAGAAAAGGGAUACUGGUGCCUGACCGUAAUGUUGGAGUUGUUAUAUAAUAACUUUUAUUAAUUAAAUGUGACUAUGUUUAUUAUAAGAUUGUCAGCGUUUAAUACAGUGGUCAAGCCAAAGGAA